CUGGGUAGUAUGUAUAAAUAAAGUACAUUAUCUACUUGGCUAGAUGAUGCUCCAGAAUCUCGGUGUUCGAUUGGCUCUUUCUUCCCGGUGGGAAGAACCGUCAUUGGUCAGAGUGGAGAUUCCCCUCCUAGGUAAAUUCACUUUUUACAUGGGAUAUUACAAAAGUGAGGGAAUCUCGUAGAGCGUGUCACUACACCGUUGUGCCUCUCGAAGCUAACACCACAUACCACCACCGUAUAUAAUAACGUAGGAUAACAACUUCGACGUCGUUUAAUUUUUUUCCCCGAAAUUCUUGAACCUCGGAUUCGAUCGGUCGAAUCCUCUCCAUCCCCGAAACGUGAAGACAAUUUAUCUGAAUUUUUUUUUCACUCCAUUUUUCGCCCAUUUUCAUUUUCGAUGAUUCUGUUCGGUUGAAACAGCGCAAGAAAAGGACGCGGGAAAAAGAGUCGGAAAGAAUUUUGAAUUGGUGUGAACGCUUGUACAUUUGAGUUCGAUUAAUAAGAAAAAAUAAAAUUCAAAAUAAAAAAAAAAAUAGUGUCGCAACGUUUUAUAAAUUGUAUAAUGUUUAAAUAGUGAAGAGCAGUAUUCAGAAAAGACUCGUUGUGAAGCUCGUGCAAAGGAGGUCUGAACACAAAAAGGAUUCCGAAAAAAAAAAAGAAUACACGUACCGAUAACGCAAGACCCGGUACGAUGGCUGCAGGCGCGAGGGUAUUCCUCUUCAAGUCAUUCACAAUUUUACUUCUAACCGUGAUACUAUGUCCUUCGGGAGUUCGGACAACAACGAGUGGUGAACAGGACUCGAAUCCUGCGGCUAUGGAUACACAGGAAAAUGCACCGGUCGUUGAAGAAUCCAUAGUCCCGGAGGACGUCACGGACGAUUACUGGGCCGGAAGUGGAGCUGGUCCCGAAUCGGAUGAUGGAAUUGAAAAUUCCGCUUACAACGAAACACGAGAGGCUCUAGCUCACGACGCGAGUGAUCACGACGCCGUGGUUUACGUGGGAGAAAAUGGCGGCUACAUACCCUUGCCUUCCGUCAGAUCGAGACCGAGCGCUCCGACGCUCCAGGCGCUUCAGACUCUCCAAGGUCUCCAGGGUCUCGGAGGUGGCGGAGGGGGCGGUGGAGGAACCGGACUCCUCGGCGACGAAGACUGGAAACGGCACCCCGAAACUUGGGACAGGGAACACAGACGCUACCGACCCAACACGACCAGAGUUCAACAUAUCGAAGCCGAGUGUCAAGACGACUACAUGAAGAUACGAAUAGGAUUCAACGGUUCGUUUGCCGGUCUUCUCUACUCUGCAGGAUAUUCAUACGAUCCGGAUUGCAUGUACGUUAACGGUACCGGAAGGGAUUACUACGAAUUCUUUAUUCAACUCAACAGAUGCGGAACUCUCGGAGAGAACACACACCAUCAGGACAGUCGAAAGAAUCCUACGAAAAACUUGAUGUGGAAUACGGUGACCGUCCAGUACAACCCUCUGAUCGAAGAAGAAUUUGACGAACAUUUUAAAGUGACCUGCGAGUAUGGAUAUGAUUUUUGGAAAACCGUUACUUUUCCUUUUUUGGACGUUGAAGUUGCGACCGGAAAUCCUGUAGUAUUUACUCUUCAACCACCUGAAUGUUACAUGGAAAUUAGAUAUGGCUAUGGAACAAGUGGAACUCGAGUAGCUGGACCAGUUCGAGUCGGUGAUCCAUUGACGUUGAUCAUUUACAUGCGCAGUAAAUACGACGGCUUCGACAUCGUUGUCAACGACUGUUACGCUCACAACGGUGGUAACAAAAGAAUUCAAUUAAUCGACCAGUACGGAUGUCCUGUGGACGAUAAGCUGAUCAGUAGAUUCCGAGGCUCAUGGUCGGAGAGUGGACUUUUUGAAACCCAAGUCUUCGCGUAUAUGAAGACGUUCAGGUUCACCGGGUCACCGGCACUCUACAUCGAAUGCGACGUCAGGAUGUGCCACGGACGAUGUCCGAGCCAACCCUGCCACUGGAGGAAUUCGAAAACAGUUUCCAAACGUUCCAUCGAUGCGAUAGAUGAAUCCAGUUCUACCCCAGCGACGAGUUUGUCGGAAAAUGUCAAUCUUUUCCAGUCGUUGAGAGUCCUUCAGGAAGGAGAACCGGACACGGAAUCAUCGUCCUUCAAAAAUUCAACGAUCGGUAUACAUGCGGGAGACUCGACGUCGUCGUCAUCAACGUCGGGUGAAAGGGUGUGUUUGAGAUCUACGGUUGUUAGCACGGUGGUGGGUCUUGUUUGCGGUCUGCUUUGCAUGAUGGCCGGAACAUUGUUGGCCAUGUGUUCGCGAAUGAGACGCGCGGCGCGAGAUAAAUUGUUAUCGGAUAGCAUAAGCUACAUGACCCACAAAGGACGUAUAAACUAAACAAAUUCACACCUAUAAAACGGUGUACGUCGUUUUCGCAGUUGCGGGGAUUUAUUUUAUGAAAUAUAUCGUAUUUCAAUACAAUGAUAUUGAAGCCAUCAUCGCAUGAUUUUCAGCAUGAACAACAACUGGAGAAUUAUACCCAUAGUUCGAAAUUAAAUCGGUCUUUAUUGAGGAAAAAAUGAAAAAAACAAUAGCAGGUUCUUACCUAUUUUAACAUUGCUACAUUCAUUCUUAAGUUAAUUACUGUUACUUAAAUGUAAGUCGGGUUAUUAUUCGGCAUAUUCAGGAACGUACAUUUAUUACUUCUAAUUAAUCAAUCCCAAUGUUUCUGAGUGUCUCGGAAUAAUAACAAUUUUUUAUAACUAGCAUAGUAAUUAUUUCUAUUAAUUAAAACUAUUCAACGAUUAUUCCACGCAUUUUAGGGAAGAUAUUACGAUGUAACAUUACUAAAAGCACACGGCUAGCGAGGAUUGAGUAAUAUUUCAACGACUAAUUACCUAAUUCACUUGAUUUUUUUUUUCUUCUCAUUCUGACAUCGCGAAGCCCAACACUAUUUAUCAUUUCGCUUUGCUGCAUAGCGAUCACGACAGAUUGAAUAUUAUGUGGUACAAUAUGAAUAAUUGAUUAGCAGUUCCUGAUCACCCUGUAUUAUUAUUAACGAAUAAUGGAUAUUAAUUUCCCCUCCUAGUUGUGCUGUCUGUUGAAAUAAAAGGUAACUGAAGUAAAAAUUCAAUAACAUUAUUAUAAUAUUUAAUAUUAAUACCACAUAAUAUAUACUUGAUAAUACAAAAAAAAAAAAAAGAUAAACAUGAUAGUUAUUUCGAUGACUUGUACAUAGUAAAAUAUAAUAAUUAUACAUUAUUUAGCAUUCUUUGAUUAUAAUAAUAUGCAAUAUGAUAAAUACUGAAAUAUAGGAAUCUGUAUCGAGGUUUUCAAAUAAA